AUGGGGUCUUCAUCAAAUUCAAAUGCAAAUGGGAGUAACGCAGCUGAAGAAGAGGCACCACCACCAUACGAAGAAGCAGUGAAAUCAGGUGCUAUUCCACAAGCAACUACCGGAUCUAGCUCAACAACAACUCGUCCGGCUGCUUCUCGUCCUCAACGGCAAUUUCAUUCAAGUACGCAAUCCUACACACAGUCCCAUACACAAAAUUACUCGCAUUCUUACUCACACUCACCGGCGCCACCACCUGGUCCAACAGCACCACCUACAUCAGGCGGACUUCCAUUCAAGUACCCCAAAGGGUUCCAUUGUCGAAAAUGCGACAAUACAGGCUACAAACUCAAAAACGGCAAAACGUGUAAAGAUUGCUGGGAGAAAUUCAGUCCCAGAAACUCCACCAAUUCCGUUAACUACAACUUUCACCCACAACAUUUCGGUUCAACUACAUUUAUUCCUUAUGGAAGUGCUCCAGUUCCCAAUCCACACCCAGGUGGAAGAGCUGGUGGGAGUGGCGGAUUCUUUAGCACUGCUCCAAUGGUCCCGUUACGAGUUCCACCCGGUGAUCCACGGUUGGGAGGGGUGCUUUGUGGUCGGUGUAGAGGUUCGGGAAUGGUUCGGUUUUUGUUGGAUAUGGAGUUGUGUCCUGUUUGUUCUGGGUUGGGAAGAGUUGUGAAUAUGCCAGCUGGUCAUUCUUCACAUGCUCCACCACCACAGACACAGGCACACAAUCCUUAUUAUGGAGAUCGAAAGAGGUAG